CUCCACCAAACCAGCAUUCAACCAUGGAUAACCAACAAAAGGAAAAGAUCAAACGUGCCCGCAAGGUCGGCCUCUUCAACAAAGACUUAAAGAACCUCAUGUACGCCUUCGGCGACGACCAAAACCCCUCCUUCGACUCCGUCAACGUACUCGAAGACAUCCUCGUUGACUAUAUUUCCGAAAUGUGCCACGAAGCCUCCCGUAUCGCAGGCCCCACGCGCAGUAAAGUCAAAAUGGAAGAUUUCAAGUAUGCACUACGGAAUGACUCCAAGAAAUUAGGCAGGGUGGAGCAGUUGUUGGCGAUGAAUAAGGAGAUUGCGGAGGCAAGGAAGAUGUUUGAUGAUGAGCCUGGGGCUGCGAAGAAUCUGCUACAACCACCCCGGCCCCCCUCCCUCAACCCUAACCCCCCCAACAUCAAACCCCUCAAUCCACAACUCAUUAACAACCCUCCACCUACCGCCCGCAAACUUGCAAUACUCCUCACUAACACUCGCCAAAUUCCACCGCUGCAGACGCCGCAAACAUCCAAUCACGGUUCCGAUACGGUGGCGGCCAGUUUGGUCCAUGAGGAGGACACCGUGGUUUUGUGCGCAGAUCUCGAGAAUGAGUUCCAACACCCGCUUCACACUCUCAGCACCAGCCCAGCCUUCCUCACUGUCGCCCUCCCCCACGACCGGCGGGUGAAGGGCGCUGGGGGUUGUGAUGUCAUUGUUCUACGUACGAGAGGAAAGAGGCCCUUCGUGAGUCUCCUCCUAUCUUUUCUUUUGAGGACGAGAGGAAAGAGGGUUGAUGGAGGCACCCCUGACUACUGCUCCGCCAAAUUCCUCGACACCGUGUCUACGUUACACCCCGCCUCUCCUCUCCUCUCCGCUCCCCUCCCCUCCCAUGCCAUGCCAAACACAACAGGCUACAUCGCUAUCGGCCUCGAAGGUUCCGCAAACAAACUCGGCGUCGGCAUAAUCUGCCACCCCUUCCCCCCAAACUCCCCCGCCCUCGUCCUCUCAAACCUCAGACACACCUACAUCACACCCCCCGGCUCCGGCUUCUUACCCCGUGAUACCGCAAAACACCAUAAAGCCUGGGUCGUGAGGUUGGUGCGACAAGCGUUGAAGGAGAGUGGUGUCAAGGUUCGGGAGGUUGAUUGUAUCUGUUUUACCCGGGGUCCGGGGAUGGGUGCGCCCCUACAGUCUGUCGCAUUAGCUGCGCGGACUUUGAGUCUCUUGUGGGAUAAACCAUUGGUCGGUGUGAACCACUGCAUCGGACACAUCGAAAUGGGCCGCGAAAUAACCGGCGCACAAAACCCCGUCGUACUCUACGUCUCUGGCGGAAACACCCAAGUGAUCGCAUACUCUGCACAACGGUAUCGCAUUUUCGGGGAGACGCUCGAUAUUGCUGUUGGGAAUUGUUUGGAUCGGUUUGCGAGGUGUAUUGGGGUUAGCAAUGAUCCGAGUCCGGGGUGGAAUAUUGAGCAGAUGGCGAAGAAAGUCGAGGGUGGGGGGAGGUUGGUGGAGUUGCCGUAUACGGUGAAGGGGAUGGAUUUGAGUAUGAGUGGGGUGUUGAGCACGAUCGAAGUCUUGGCCCAAUCCAUCGGCAAACCACUCAAACCCUCCAAAUCUACCCCCCUCACCCCCGACGACAACAACGACCCCCUCACCCCCGAAGACCUCUGCUUCUCCCUCCAAGAAACCCUCUUCGCAAUGCUCACAGAAAUAACCGAACGCGCACUCUCUCACACAUCGUCAACCUCAAUCCUCAUCGUCGGCGGUGUCGGCUGUAACUUGCGGCUACAAGAGAUGAUGAGCGAUAUGGCAAGAGCGAGGGGUGCGGAGGUGUUUGCGACGGAUGAGAGGUUUUGUAUCGAUAAUGGGAUCAUGAUUGCGCAGGCUGGGUUGUUGGAGUGGAGGGGGUGGGGUGCGGGUGGGGAGGGAGGAAGAGGGGGGGUUGAGGGGAGUGGGGUUACGCAGAGGUUUAGGACGGAUGAGGUGUUGGUCAAGUGGAGGGAUUGAAAAGUCUUGUCGAUGAGAAGAUGUUGGAGUGUGCAUUUGUGAGCCACACCGGCACCGCAUACCCCGGGACCGUGAAGAAUAGAAGCAUCGAUAAUUGAAUACAAGUUAUAUUGGUGUUCGUUCAGCAGCUGAUGCGCGCGCCGCU